UUGAAGACGUGACGUAUGGCUUCACGGAUUCUGAUGAAUUUUAGCCGAUCGGCUUCGCGUUUAUUAUGCGAGCCAAAGAUAUUAAGGAGUGUGGCUACUCGAACAUAUGCUUCUUCAUCAAAUAUCGCUAAUGUACAAGAGAGAAGCGUGAUUCCGAUUAACUGUCGGAGGGAAUUGCAUUCAUCUAUGUCAUCAUUAGCCACCGCAGAUGCUGCUAAAAAGGUUGUACCUACACCGAUGAAGCCGACAGUAAAAGGUUCAAAGGGACGUAUAGUAGCAGUAAUUGGUGCAGUGGUGGAUGUGCAGUUUGAUGAGGGGCUGCCGCCAAUUCUGAAUGGACUUGAAGUGUCUGGGCGAAAGCCACGUCUUAUCCUGGAGGUUUCACAACAUCUCGGCGACAAUGUAGUGCGAACAAUAGCAAUGGAUGGUACGGAAGGACUUGUACGAGGAGAUGAAGUAAUAGAUACUGGCGAUCCAAUCAAAAUCCCAGUUGGGCCAGAAACACUUGGUCGUAUCAUGAAUGUUAUUGGUGAGCCAAUUGAUGAACGAGGCCCUAUCAGUUCCAAACAUUUUUCUCCAAUUCAUGCAGAAGCACCAGAAUUCGUUGAUAUGAGUGUAGAACAAGAAAUUCUUGUGACUGGGAUCAAAGUUGUCGAUUUGCUUGCGCCGUAUGCAAAGGGUGGUAAAAUUGGAUUAUUUGGCGGAGCUGGUGUAGGAAAAACUGUGCUGAUUAUGGAACUGAUCAAUAAUGUCGCCAAAGCGCACGGUGGUUAUUCAGUGUUUGCGGGUGUUGGUGAACGCACUCGAGAGGGUAACGAUUUGUAUCACGAAAUGAUUGAAGGUGGGGUCAUCGAUUUGAAAGGC